GUUUUAAGGAACUAAAAUGUGUGAUCAGCUGACCUGAGAGGUUUGCUUUGCAGUGUGCCGUACGAUUGUUUUUCUUUUGAAAUAUUUUGCGGAAGACUAGACAAUUCUGCGUAAAUAACAGAAUUAUGCUGCGACCGAAAGCUUUGACUCAAGUUCUUAGUCAGGCAAACACAAGCGGAGUACAGAGUACCCUGCUGUUAAAUAACGAGGGGUCACUCCUGGCCUAUUCGGGUUACGGCGACACGGACGCUCGCGUCACGGCCGCCAUCGCCAGUAACAUCUGGGCCGCCUACGACAAGAAUGGGCAUCAAGCUUUCAAUGAGGACAAGCUCAAGUUCAUCCUCAUGGACUGCAUGGAGGGAAGGGUGGCCAUCACACGGGUUGCUAACCUGUUGCUAUGUAUGUAUGCUAAGGAGACGGUGGGCUUCGGAAUGCUGAAAGCUAAGGCUGAAGCACUAGUGCAGUACUUGGAAGACCCCUUGACCCAAGUUGCUGCGUCAUAGAAGAGGGCUGUGACUCAGUCAUUUGGGUUUCCUGUCUGAAAACAUCAAUGGAAAAGUGUCAAAUAAGGGCCUUAAAUGGACUAUGGGUUUCUGUGUGUCGUUGACUCGCAGCAUUUAUGAAAUACAGCAGCCCUGAAGUAUUUAUCCGCUGAGCAUGUUAGAAGUGUUUCCAUUGUUUUGUUUGUUUUUUGAUUGUAUUUCUGAUACCUUAAUAUUAAGAUACAUGGGCAAUAGGUUGAGGUGUUUAUUGAAAUACAUCGGAAGUGGUAUAUUUUAAAUAUCAUUCUUGAUUGUAAAUGCCAUAAAAUUCAUAAAUGGAAUGGGAAAUUAAAACAGUUUUUUUGCUACAA